AUGUCUUGGGAUGGAUUUAAGAAAGCUGUUCAUCGGGCUGGGGCUGCAGUCACAGUUAAGGAAGUAGAUAAAACAAUUGAUAAAGAUUUUGACGUAGAAGAAAGAAGAUACAAGACUUUAAGAACAGCAGGUAUGAACUUGCAAAAGGCAUCUAAGGGUUAUUUAGACUCGUUGAGAGCAGUCACUGCAUCACAAGUAACAAUUUCAGAGAUUGUGUCUAACUUGUACGAAGAAGCAAAGCAGGGAGCGUCCAUUUAUUCAAACGUUGGUAACUACUACUCGCAAUGUGUUAGAGACCUUGACGAAGAAACGGUUAAACAGGUCGAUGGGCCGUUUAGAGAGACAAUUUUGGAUCCAAUAACAAAAUUUACUGGCUAUUUUACGGAAAUUGAUGAAGCCAUCAAGAAGAGAGCACACAAGAAAGUUGACUAUGACCAAUGUAAAGCAAAGGUUAGAAAGUUGAUUGAUAAGCCGGCCAAAGAUGCUGGUAAGUUACCAAGAGCAGAGAAAGAAUUGGCAGUCGCCAAGGAUAUUUUUGAAGAUUUAAACGAAAGAUUAAAGCAAGAAUUGCCCCAAAUUAUCUCCUUGAGAGUGCCUUACCUCGAUCCAUCAUUUGAAAGUUUAGUAAAGAUUCAGUUAAGAUUCUGUACUGAAGGGUAUUCAAGGUUGGCUCAACUUCAACAACAUUUGGACCAAGCCUCAAGAGAUGAAUAUGCAAAUGGUGUUCUAGAUGGUAGAAUUGAUGAUCUACUUGCCCAAAUGGGAACUUUAAAUAUUACUUCAUUGGGGCAAAAAUAG